GCCCGCUUGUGAUGCAGCCCUAGUUUAUGAGGGAAAAUGUAUCGUCUCGGCCAACAGACUUUCUCCAAGAUCGCUUUCGAUUCCUUUUUAUCCACGAAGCCACGGGAAUAUUUUCAUUUUACGAGACAAUACAAUAAAAGCUGCUCGUGUAUUGGCUGAUUUUGGAUCAAAUUAUACCUUUGUUUGCAAAGAAAAAUGCCAAGGACCAAGAAGAAGAAUAGCAGGGGAGGGCAGCAUGGACAUGUGCAGCCUUUCAGUGAUGAGGAUGCCUCCAUUGAGACCCUCAGUCAUUGCAGCAGCUUCAGUGACAGCGCCAGUGUAGCAGAUGAAGGUGGAGAGGCCAGUGAGGACGCAGCCCAGGAGGAUUUCCAGUACAAGCUGAAGGGGUUCAUAGACAGCACUGUGGAUAAGAGUGCUAAGACCAGACAAGGUGCACUGGACGGGCUUAAGACGGCGAUGGCCACACGGAUCCUGUAUGAGUUCAUCUCGGAGAGAAGGAUGACCAUCACAGACAGCAUCGAGCGCUGCCUCAAGAAAGGCAAGGGCGAAGAGCAGCGAGCGGCGGCUUCCUUGGCCUGCCUGCUGUGUAUCCAGCUGGGCUCGGGCAUCGAGAGUGAGGAGGUGUUCAAGACCCUGAAACCCAUCUUCAAAAACAUCCUGGCAGACGGAUCAGCCAACAUACAAGCCAGACAGGCAGUGGCGACAAGUCUGGGCCUCUGUACUUUGGUUGCAGAAGAUGACAUUUUGGAUGUACACGCUACAAUGGAGUGCUUUGAGAACCUGUUCACCCGGUCGUACGCGAGGGCGGAUGGUACCUGUCCUUUGAUCAACCCCCAGACAAGCCAGCUCCACACCAACGCGCUGCUGUCCUGGGCCCUGUUGCUCACCAUCUGCACUGCCAACCAGCUCAAAGACAUCCUGCGCAAACACCUUCCGAAACUGCCACGAUUGCUGGAAAGUGAGGAUGUGAACAUGAGGAUUGCUGCAGGGGAGACCAUUGCUCUGCUGUUUGAGCUGGCCAGAGACAUGGAUGCUGAGUUUGAAUUCCACGACUGGGAUGAACUGUGUGACAAACUGAACGCGCUGGCCACCGACUGUAACAAGCACAGAGCCAAGACGGACAAGAGGAAGCAGCGGUCGGUGUUCAGGGACGUGCUCAAGGCUGUGGAGGAGGGUGACUUUCAGUCUGAGACCAUUCGCUUUGGGACGGAGCGCAUGACCAUUGACAGCUGGGUCAGAAAGAGGACCUACGAUGCUUUCAGGGAGUUUGUGGGCUCUGGGAUGAACUACCACCUACAGGGUAAUGAAUUCAUCAGAGACGUGUUUGAACUGGGACCACCCAUGUUGGUUGAUUCGGCCACAAUGAAGGCCAUGAAGAUCUCUCGCUUUGAAAGGCAUCUCCACAACUCUGCUGCAUUCAAGGCUCGGACCAAGGCCAGGAGCAAGUUCAGGGACAAGAGGGUGGAUGUGGGAGAAUUUUAAACCUGUUUGUUACUUGUUUUUUUCCUUGUAUUUUUGACUCUAACAACCUAUUUAUUAGGCUCCAUUGCUUUUUAGAUGAACCGUCACGACUUUGUUCACGUGAACCUCCCCUGAAAUCUGUCAUUGAAUAUCGCACUCGCCCGCCUUCUGCAGACUUGAGAGGGGGUGAAACUUUCUCAUCGUGGACGCAUUUUAAACUUUACAAGGAGGCGAGUGUCUGAUUCAUAGAUUUUGAGUAGAAUUUAAUAUAUCCACACAUUCACAGUGGUGUUGUACAUAUAGUGUAUAUUUGUUCUUUGCUCUUGUUAAUAAUUAUGUGGCCUUUCUUUUUUUUUUGAAUAUAAGUUAUGAAGAAUUAAGCCAGCAUUUGUCUAUGUACCAUGUAGUCCUGUUGAGUUUAAGACAUGUGUUGGGACCAACCCCUAACCCCUUUGAUGAAUUUGUAUUAAGUUGCACUACCUUGUUUUACCCAUAGCUGGUUGUCUCUGUAGAACCUUGGUGAAUAUUGUGUUGUCUUUUUAGUAUUGGGUAUGUACUCUAAAGGGCAAGGAUGGUGAAAUAAACACUGAAAAGCUGUAAAAUGG